AUGACAUCCUCUAACAACUCCGGAGCACUGGAAAUGCCAGCUACAAGCACUGAAGGUUUGGAGAUGGCAUCUUAUGGUGCAUUCUUCUCCUUUCCUGUAUUAUCCACUCCAGCUCCGCUUCCUACCACACCACUUCCUCAGCGGGGAUCGCUCGAAUGGGACCUCGAAUACAUGGACUACAAUAUGAGAUGGGAGAAUAGGCAGGAAUUUGAUGCUUGGCUGAAAGCGGAGGAGGAUAGUAAAUGUAUUGAACUUAGGGUUGCUAGAAGAAAGGUCUCUGCUGCUGGAGAUCCGAGGUUUCGUGAGCGAAUAACAUUUGUGUGCAGUAGGAACG